GUUGCUCAUUCCCAAAAGAGCAAAGAAACAAUUUCCAUUACAACUGCAGACACGAUUUUGGCCACGAUGAUGAUAGCUUAUCUGGAUCACCACCCCCACCAGCAGUACGGGCUCGUGUCCGCCGGCGAAAGCACCUCCGACGAGACGAUCCUUUGCGCGAUUGACGUUGACGACGCAGGAGACGUCUCCGUAGCCUCUCGAGACUUCGGCGGCGGGGUCUUUUCUCGGCCGGCGAGGUUUCUUCGCCCGUCCACCGCCGACGACGUCGCCCGCGCCCUCCACCUCGCGGGGCGCUCUGCCGGUCUCACCGUCGCAGCCCGCGGAAACGGACACUGCGUCGGAGGGCAGGCCAUGGCAGCAGGGGGGAUCGUCCUUGAUAUGCGCGGGCUCGGCCCGCAGAUGUCCCUGGCCCUUGAUGGCGCCGCCGUCGACGUUCCCGGCGGCGUGCUCUGGUCGGAGGUGCUGGAGUGGACGGUCAGCAACAAAGGGAUGGCUCCGCCGUCGUGGACGGACUACCUAGGCCUCACCGUCGGCGGGACGCUCUCUAAUGGCGGUGUCAGCGGGCAGUGCUUCCGCUACGGGCCGCAGGUUGCCAACGUGGUGGAGAUGGAAGUGGUGACGCCCGAUGGAAUGCGCCGCCUCUGCUCCCCCUCCUCCAACUCCGACCUCUUCUUCGCCGUCCUCGGCGGCCUCGGCCAGUUCGGCAUCAUCACCCGCGCUCGGCUCCCGCUCCUCGCCGCCCCUAAAAUGGUGAGGUGGAGACGGGUGGUGUACACGGACUUUGAGAUUUUCGCCGGCGACGCCGAGUCGCUUGUGACUCAAGCCGACUCGUCGACCUUGGAUUACGUGGAGGGGUUUGUGUUCGUGAACGACGUGUCGGAUCCGGUGAGCGGAUGGAACUCGGUGCCGAUUCUUCCCGACUCGGCCUUCGACCCGUCCGAGUUUCUGGCCGACUCCUCCGGCCCCGUCCUCUACUGCCUCGAGCUCGCUCUCUACUACGACGACCGCGCAGCUGACCACGUUGACGAGCGGGAGGAGGAGACGCUGCGGCGGUUGCGUUACAUGAAGGGGGCGGAGUUCUCGGCGGACGUGGGCUACGUGGAGUUCCUGUCGCGGGUGGCGAAGGUGGAGGCGAAGGCGCGCGCUGGCGGGACGUGGGAAACGCCGCACCCCUGGCUGAACCUAUUCAUCUCCGCCGGUGAUAUCGUCGAUUUCGAUCGCCAUGUGUUCCAGUGCAUCCUCCGCCGGGGAAUAGGCGGGCCGAUGCUCGUCUACCCCAUGCGGCGGAGUGGGUGGGACGAUCGGAUGUCGGUGGCGCUGCCGAGGAGCGAGGUGUUCUACCUGGUGGCACUGCUGCGGUUCAUCGCGCCCGGACCAGGGGAGGCGGGGGAGGCUGCGAAGGCGGCGGAGGAGCAGAACCGGCAGAUCCUGCGACACUGCCGGAGUAAGGGAUACGACUUCAAAGUAUACAUCCCUCGAUACGAUAACGAGGCCGAUUGGGCGGCGCACUUCGGCGGAGGCUGGGGCAGCUUCGUGCAGCGGAAGCGGCGGUACGACCCGAUGGCCGUCCUCGCCCCGGGGCAGAACAUCUUCUCCCGGGCCCGCCCGCCCGCCCUUGCCGUCGCCCCGGCCACUGAAAGCAUUGCGCCGCCGCCGGCGACCGUCGACGAUAGGGAUGACUGAUGGUUUGAUCGAAGGAACCCAAAAAAAUUUGUAUUUUCAUUCCAAUUGUUUCAAAACUAUUCCAUUCUGUCCCUAUUUUUUGAGCUAAUGUACAAAUGCAUUUGCUUCAGUGAACAUUUAAGUUUACUCCGCACGCAGCUUAUUCUUAU